UUACGCUGUUCAGUACCAGGUGCAUGUGAGCACUUUAACAGCUGCACACCUGAGAAAAAAAAUAGCCCUUGUCAUUGCACCAACCUGCCAAAAGCCCGACCAAGAAAAGAGUGUUAUGUGGGGAAAAAGCGACAAAUACUUAAUAGUUAAAACGAUAUUUUUGUCUAGGCCGUGGAUGCUUCAUUAUUGGUGAAUGUGUUUAAACCUGCUUCCGUUGGCCAGCGCGCAGCCGCAGAGUGACGUAACACUUUGCUCGGCAACUUUAACACUAGGAAGUGAAAAUGGUAAAUCGUGGGUUUAUAUCUUUACACUUUGUGUUCGGACUGGGAGUUUUUCAGCAAGGUGUGACAGCUGUGAUACAAACCCAGCAGACUGUGUUGGCAGCAGUGGGAGAAGAGGCCAGUCUGAACUGUCAGCUCCUGGAAACUAAAGAUGUUGUUCAAGUCACAUGGCAGAAAAUUUCACCUGAGAAGAAGAAUCUCGCCACCUACAGCAAAUACUCUGGUCAAUGGGUGAAUUCUGACAAAAUUGAGUUUAAAGAAACUGGUCUGCAGAGCAGCGCCAUAAUUGUCAGAAAUGUAACGCAGCAGGAUGAAGGCUGCUAUUCAUGUCUGUUUAACACCGACCCUGACGGUGCUCUGAUAGGUAGAACCUGCCUCCAACUUUAUGGUGUGACAGCUGUGAUACAAACCCAGCAGACUGUGUUGGCAGCAGUGGGAGAAGAGGCCGGUCUGAACUGUCAGCUCCUGGAAACUAAAGAUGUUGUUCAAGUCACAUGGCAGAAAAUUUCACCUGAGAAGAAGAAUCUCGCCACAGUGCUCUCUGCUCCUCAGCUGGAGGUGUUUAUGAUGCUUCCUCAGGUCAAACAGAUGUCUGCUGAUGGUGAGAAACUCUUCACAGACGCUGAUGUGUGGAGUGAGCGUGGCUUGAUCACUGUGACUGUGAUCCUGGUCUGCAUUGCUGCAGUCACAACAGCUCUUCACUGUUGUAAACUUAAGAACAGUGUGUCACACAGGGACCCAGAGAAGAACAAAACACCACAGAAAACAGCCAAAGACACUCCGGAGAUCAAAACACUUUUAGAACAGAAGAAUGAGCAGAUGAGACUCCGAACGCCUGCUAUCAAGAGUCCAAACAGCAAGAGCCCAGUACGAUCGCCUUUGACAGGAGGGUGUCGUCGAGGGUUACCCUUUUGUGACACAGAAUGAUGCAGUCAGACCAAAGCUGCCACAGCUGACAGAAGGAAUUAAAUGAAAUUUAUGGCAUGAAUGGUUGUACAUAACUGU